UCAUAAUUAACCAGGGAAUCAAGUUGGAUGGGGAAGGAUAUUAUGGUGACCUCUAUGUCACCCAACAUGAUGUGCUUAGGGAGCUGGCUAUUUAUCACUCAAAAAUAGAUUCGGUAGAGCAUAGAGAGAGAUUGAUCAUAGACAUAUGUGGAAGCAAUCUUCCCAAGUGGUGGAGGGAACAAAAGUAUCAAGUUAUGAAAGCUCGCCUUCUAUCUAUAUCAACAGAUGGAGAGUCUUCAACUUCGAAAUGGCCCAGCAUGCAUCUGCCAGAAACAGAGGUACUGCUCUUGAAUCUUCGGGAGAGAGAGCAUGCUAUAGCCGAAUUUGUGGAGAAAAUGGACAAAUUGAAGGUACUAGUAAUCACAAGUGAGGAUUUCAGGUAUAGUGCUUCCUUGCAUAAUUUUCAAGUACUAAGUCGGGUAUCCAAUCUAAAGAGAAUCAGAUUAGAGCGCAUCUCAAUUUCAUCCAUAUUCAAGAACUCCAUACAAGUGAAGAGUCUACGGAAGCUGUCUUUGAUCAAAUGUUAUUACGGAUUCAGUUCAGCCAAACUUUCCCAUGCUUUUCCAAAUCUAGAAGAGAUAUACAUCGAAUACGCUACAAUAACACUUCACUCGUCAAGGGCUACUGAGGCAGUACUUAGCAAGACAGUACUUUGCGGGCUAUGUGAUCUGAUUUCCCUAAAGAAGGUCACCCUCACAGGUGUUCGAGGACUUUUAUUAUCGGCUUUCCUUGACGAGAUUGAAAAUUUGGUCAAUUACUGCCAAACAUAAAAUAAAUUACUACAUUGGAUUC